AUGCCCGGCACUAGUCAGUCAUGGCAUAGGUCUCGACACCGUCCAAGAAAAAAACGUAUUCCCGCGCUCAACGAUCAUUGGCUCACGCUGCUCCAAUGGCAUACUUUUAUCCCACGUGUGACGUGUGCGUUUAUGACUGGUCCUGGCAAGAUUGUAUUAAGUAACCUGCCAACACAUGUGCGGUUUGAAGAUUUGGAGCCUCUUCUGACACCGUUUGGUCCCGUCCAAAAUUGUGAGAAGAUUGCUUCUCGAGAUGGUUCCACACAAACUGUUCAAGUUAGUUAUGAGACACAAGAACAAGCUCAACAGGCUGUGAACCAACUAAAUGGUUGCGAUUUCGAAGGAGCGUCUUUAAAAGUGGAAAUUUCAAUGGAGCGCAGAAGCAGAGGCCGUGCGUCCCGAGGUCCUGCAGCCUCUUUUUCAGGACUGCCAGGUUCAGGGAGGCAGACGGAUUUCCCAUUGCGAAUUUUGGUUCAGAGUGACAUGGUUGGAGCUAUAAUUGGGCGACAAGGAAGCACGAUCCGCUUGAUUACACAACAAACAAGGGCACGGGUGGAUGUACAUCGGAAAGACAAUGUUGGAUCUUUGGAGAAAGCAAUCACCAUUUAUGGAAACCCUGACAAUUGCACAAAUGCAUGUAAAAGAAUACUAGAAGUAAUGCAACAAGAAGCAAACAACACAAAUAAAGGAGAAAUAUCACUGAAAAUUCUUGCUCACAACAAUUUGAUUGGUCGAAUUAUUGGGAAAGGAGGCAAUACAAUAAAACGUAUCAUGCAAGAUACAGACACCAAAAUUACAGUUUCAAGUAUCAAUGAUAUCAAUAGUUUCAACCUGGAAAGGAUAAUUACUGUGAAAGGUUCCAUUGAAAACAUGUCAAAAGCAGAAGCAAUGAUUAGUGCUAAACUUCGCCAAAGUUAUGAAAAUGACCUGCAAGCAAUAGCACCCCAGAGUAUGAUGUUUCCUGGACUACAUCCAAUGGCAAUGAUGUCCACAUCAAAUCUUGGCUAUACAUCACGUGCUGCUGGUUUCCCUGGAGGCAUGUAUGGAUCAGGACCAGCACCAUACCCUCCAAUGUAUCCGAGUCCAAUGCCUUCUCAACCUGGAGGUCAGCAGGGAACAGAUACCCAGGAAACAACGUUCUUGUACAUCCCAAAUAAUGCAGUAGGAGCCAUUAUAGGGACCAAAGGCACUCACAUUCGCAACAUCAUAAGAUUCUCAGGAGCGUCUGUGAAAAUUGCCCCAUUGGAGCAGGAGAAGCCUCAAGACCAACAAACGGAAAGGAAAGUAACAAUUGUUGGUACACCUGAAUCACAGUGGAAGGCUCAAUAUCUGAUUUUUGAGAAGAUGAGAGAAGAAGGAUUUGUUGCUGGAACAGAUGAUGUACGUCUAACUGUAGAGAUCCUAGUUCCAUCUUCCCAAGUUGGCCGUAUUAUUGGAAAAGGAGGACAAAAUGUUCGGGAGCUGCAGAGAGUGACUGGUUCAAUUAUUAAGCUUCCUGAACAAGGUGCUGCUCCUCCUCAAGAGGAAGAAACAACUGUUCACAUUAUUGGACCCUUCUUUUCAGUACAGUCAGCCCAGCGUCGUAUCCGUGCUAUGGUUCUUCAAGCCCAGCCCCUGCCUUCUGGGGGCAGAGCAACAAGAGGGGGAACACGCAGAGAACCACCCCAACAAUAGAUGUGUGGGAGUAGGUAGCUACCCUACCAGUGACCAACAUUCUUAUGGAAGAGAUAAUGUAGUUUGAAGUUUACAACGUAUAUACCUCAGAAUAUUAAGAAAAUACAGCCCACAUUAUACCAAAGAUGUGAUGAAGAUCGAAGAAAGAAGAAUUUCAUCGGAAAUUAGAGGAAAACGUAACAUCUGAGUUCCUGAUAAUUAUUAAUGUUAUAAUAAUUUUUAAAAAAAUAAUUUUGUGAAUAUUUUUGAUUUGUCCGUUAAAUUCUCAUCUGAUUACAGACUUGGAGUAGAUGUGUUUUAACGGGCAUUAAUAGAGGUGAUUUUUUUUAUGCAAUGGCAGACUUGCUAUACAUGACAAAGGAUUUUGUCAAGUGACGUUUUAAUUUUCAUUAUCUCUCAAGGAAAGAAGAACUUGCAAUUAUUAAAUGUUGUGGGGACUGAGCUGAUAGUAUGCUGUUGCGAAUUUUUGGAAGCUCCUAAUUCAAACACAUCGAUUCAGGGAUUUAUACCACGGAUAUAAAUUUUUUUAUAAUUAAGAGAAAUAAUACAGUAAUGUAGAUUAAGUUAGAAGGGCAUUGUUCACGCAGAUAUAAUUAAGGAUGCAAUUUUUAAACAGACUGCUGUUUAAAAAGAGUGGGUUUGAUUUUUGAGAUUGUAUAUUGCGUGGUCACUAGUCUGUGGACAUGGUGACAUCUUUUGCCUUCUGUACUUGUUCCCUGUAUAUUCCACGAUGGCAUUAACAUUCUCCUGAUGAAAGAAAAAUGCCCAUUUUGAGGGUGUUUUUUAAAUAAUGGGAGGAACGUUUAUAGUUUUUCUGGGUCGCGAAAAUAUUCCUGGAGAAAUAUUUUCGUUAUUUGUCGUCUUACUGUAUGUAAAAGGUAAGGUCCACCGAACUUUCGUUCAGUCAAAGUGUAUAUGAAGACUUCGGGGAAAUGGGGGGUAUUAAACGUUGAUGUUUUUUUAUUUUUUUUUAUUAUUGAGAUAUGUUUCUUAGAACCUCGUUCAAGAGGUUUUUUAAUGGAGGUGAAAGAUAUUGAAGAACAGGGCCAGGCUUACUUCCAUCUUAUAGCGGGAGCCCUGUUGUUUAGUUAGUACAAAGUGAAUAAACUUAAAAAUAAUUGAAAAGAAAGACCACUGUUGCAGGUAUAUUGUGGUCUUUUUUUCCUUUGUAAGCAGAGUUAUUACAAAAAGUUUAUUUUUGAUACAUUGUUGGGAGAAAUUUUUUGUUAGAUUUUUAAUAUAAAAAAUUUAAACAAAAUGGCACAUAGCUUUUUGAGCUCUGUGUAUAGAAAAAUGGAGAAAAAAACGUUAGCCGAGUGAGUGUGGGAAAGUUACAGUGAAGAUACAACACACAAUAGCUGUACGUUUUUACUUUCUUACGUAAGAAUCUGAAGCACUGGAACAAAUAUCUUUUCCCAACGUAAGUUUUAAAAUACCAUCAUGAAGAAAACCUAUGUGCAUGCCUUAAAUACCCGCUAAGCCUCAACGUUUUUCCAUUCAGAAAAUGAUGUUGUGAAUUUAUAAUUUAUUUGAAGGACGAUCAAAAUUGUAAACUAUCAUUUAGGAUACAUACACAUAUGUAAAAAUGUAAAUCCUGAAACUAAAGGAAAUUAGUUUGGCUAUGACUGUGCAUUUAAGUAGUAUCAAUUAGCAUCAAACCCAUUGGAUUCCAUUUAGUGUGUACAGAAAGUAAUAAUUUCUGGUUUAGUUUGCUUGAAAUUCCAAUCUCUUUAUAAUAAUUGGAAAGAAAUUGCUUGAAAUUGUUUGCUACAUAGCACACAUGUACCGACUCUGGAAAUAGAAUGAACUUGAUUCUUCUUAAAUGUAUGGCAUAGCACUGAUUUGUGGUAUAAUGGUCAUAGGCAUUUAAAACCCUCCAAACUAGUUUGAAACUCAAAGAUUAAAGUACGAGAGUAACUGAACGAAAUCAACUUGCAAUUUAUCAAGCUAAUACUAAAACUAUAGGGUCUACCUUACCGACUGAUCAUGUAAAAUUAGGUGGAUGUUAACAUAAUUACUACAGUAAACAUACAAAGCAGGGGAAGCAUUUUAAUUAAAUUGAUAAAUAGUAAGUUUCAUAACAUGGAUAAAAGUCAACACAUGACUGGAUUUGUUAAAAUGUUUGUAUAAUAUACCUGUUACUGGGAUAUAAAUACAACAAAACUGAGAUACCCAUGCACUCUUGCAAAAAAAGAUAAAAAUAACAAAAAAAGAAGAUAUAUUAUAUAUACAUAUUAUAUAUAUAAAGUAAAACAGAAGUGAUUGUAACUUGAAGACUGGGAAUUAAGUUUCUGUGCUGUGAAAGAAUGAUGAUAUAAGGAAGUUGGCUUUUUCUUUUACCCAAUGCAGUUUUAUUAAUCAUUAUUAUUAUUAUUAUUAUGAUGAUGCUCAAAUCAUGUUAUGAGCCUCUGUUAAUUGCUGCAGUUGAAUUAUGAAGAGAAUAUAAUAGAUAGUUUCAUAUGUAACUGUGUAAGAAACUAGUAGUUAUACUUUCUUCAGAAUUCCUCAGUCUUGAAUUGGGAAAUUUGUAUAUCUUAUAAUAAGCAGAUGCUGUACAAGCUGUCUGGAUAUAUUGGUUUAUUAUUAUUUUUUGGUAGUGGAAAGUGAUCACUUCCCCUACUGGACCUUCAAUACAUUUUGACAGUUUUAUUUUCACAAGUCUUGGAAAUUCCACGAGGUUACAGUAUGGAACAGACUUAUUUCUUGACAACCAAGAUGGCUUGUUAUAAGCCCUCUUGUGUUAAAGAUGCCUGUUUGAGAUGUUCCUAUCAGGUUGUUUAAAGAUCAAUUUAUGAACCUUUAAAGAUUUGCAGAUGGAUAAAUAUUAUUGAUAUAAUAUAUAUUGUAUAAUAUUACAGUGUUGUUGUUGUUAUAUACAGACAAUAUUUUUUCUGUUGAUUUGCUGGACUCAGGUUUUUGCUUUUAAUACCACUGGUGAUGACAACAAUUACCUCAAUUUUUGCUAAGGACCUUAGGUAUGCUACUUCCCACCUCUUCAUAAAUUGAACUUUCAUUAGAUGAUUGUACUUGUAGAGUGUAAGUGUUGAAUGUUUGAAGUCGGUAACUUCUUGAAAGUACCCACUACUUGAAAGAUAACCUGAUUGUAUUUCUCAAGUGACAGGGAUAGAAUGGUAUUCCUGUGUUGCAAACAAUGUAAACUUGGAAGAGGGUAGGGUGCUUUUAGAUAGUUAUGAAAUGUUUUUUUUUUUUUAAUUAUUCACUGGAAUUACAAUAGUUAUGUAAGGAAGAUUCAAGAUAUAUUUCCUAGCAGUGGUGUUGACAUAAAAUUAUACCUGCUACUGCACGUUUAUUAAGCAUUAGACCAUAGUCCGUUCUUUUAUUAUUAUUAUUAUUAUUUAAAGUGUGUGGUUAAGCACUGACCACCAUUCAACUUGUGUUGUACUGGGGGUGUGGUUUUGGCAAAAAGGAGUUUAAAAAAAAAAGAAAAAUUCUUUUCUGUUUAAAGAUGCAUUUUGAGCAAGAGUUUUGGUACUGUCAAUGCCAAAAUCACUCUCUCAAUUCAUCUACUACCUCAUGCAGAUAAAACAUUUUUUGAAAGGUACAUGUUUUGAAAUACAAAAUGAGAAAGAUAUAAAAAUGGAAAAACACAGAUCAACAUUAGGAAAUCAUGUGCAUAGUUGAAUAUCAAUGAACUGGUUAGAAGUCACAUGUGUUACCCGUUAAAAAUGGAAAAGCAUGUUAAAGCUUGAAAAGUUAGUUCAUGAAAGGGACAGACGCCAAGAAGGGGCUGUCAUAUAUUUGUAACCACUGGAAUUUUUCAGGUGGAUUGUUGCCUAGAACUGUGUAUUGAGCAUUAACAUCUAUUUAAUGUUUACUGCAUUUGAGCCUGUGUGAUGUAUUCACUUCUGCGAAGUGUGUUAGAAGUUUUAGGCAUAUGUGAUGUACUUGUUCCCAGAUGGCUAUUGUGUUCAGUCUAUAUAUCAGCCCCUUGGUCAUGAGGUUUGGCCUGCCACCGACUACACUGUCUAUAUUAUAUUCCAGCUAACUUCAUCAGGCGAUAACAACAAAAAAAAAGUGCAUUAGUCAUUGGUAUUUCUACAAUAUUUACCCCAAUACCACUGAAUCACCCGAUCAAUUGAAAAGACACCUGAAUGGAAUAUAUCUGUAGAUGGAAUUCCUUCUUCUUUAUCUUUUAGUAUUUUCUUACAGAUUUUUAAAAAGGGGGGAAGCCAUACAAUAGCGUUCUUCAAGGUGUUUUUUUAACAUAUUCUAUCAACACUUUCUUGUGAUGCAUGAACAGAUCUUGUUCGUUAGAAUUUUCUUAAAAAGUUUUUCCUGGUCGGGUUUGUUUUUUUCACAAUUAACUUUUGAGUUCCAUAAUGCACAUACACUUGUAUUUCUAUUCCAAUUUAUAUCAGUUGUAACUUCACUAGGGUAUUUGUUUCAUUGAAAGGUGCAAAUGGUGCAUUAGGCAAUGGUCAACAGUAAUCGGUUUCCUUUCAUAUAUAUAUUUUUUAAUCUUUUUGUUGUUUGUUUUCAAUUUGGGCAUAUAUUACUUGUUUUCCUUUUGUAGCUUGGAUGUAUCGAAAAAUGAUGCUAUAAAUAAUAUGGGUUUUAGCACAAGAACACAUUUCUGUGAUUCAGUGUAUAUAGUUUCAAAUACUACUGCAGCAAAAUCUCUUCUAAUUCUUUACUUCCUUUCUUUUCUCACUUCCUUAUUUUCCUGAACUUUCAUUUGUGUAAUGUGAAGACACAAAAUAGUAGUGUUGUUAGAAGCAAAUAGAUUGUUCAUGCUCAGAGAAAUUUUAUGCGUGACAAAUAAUUCUAUAUUCCUCAUACCACUCUUUCCUCUUUCAUAUAUAUAAGGUUGAGCUUGACAAUCAACCUGGGUGUGGCAGUUAGCGUUUUCUGCUGCAUAAUUCAGAGCCUUAAAAUGCUGAUACUGGAAAACAGUGUUACUCAAUUUUGAUGUUUUCAUUAAAGUUUCGUGUGACCCUUGCUUUUGAUGUGAUAUGUAACUACUUGGUCUGUAAGAUACGUUUUAAGUUCCCAAUAUUUGUUUAUGCAUGGCCAAAUUUUUCUAUUUUAUUUAAAUUAUCUGACAUGAAAAAGUAAUGUUAUUUAUGUUCUUUCUGCCAACAGUUAUUUGCAGUAGUAUUUUGUUUUUCUUGGUUUUAUGAAAAUUAAGCAUUUAUUUAAUUUUAAAUUUUAUUAUUAAAAAUGUUUGCUACUCAGCAACCUCAUUGAGCAUGGUAUUUGAUAGUGCCAUAUUUAAAAAGUACGAGUGAUGCAUGAGAUCAUUUAUCGUACAAAUAAUUCUCAGGUAUGAUCAGGUUAAUUUAUCAAAGAGUUCCCCUUUUAAUUAUAUCUUUGAAGUAACCCUUUUAAAACUAGCACUCAAAUUUUGUGCAUCCUAGCUCCUAAAUAACUUUUAUAGUAUGGUUACCGAAUAAAUUUCUUUUUUGUGAUUUUUUUUAAUGUAAUUUUUCGCCAAAGGUGCUCAGGUGUGUAGUAAUCAACAAAUUUCAAAGUAGCUGGGUUUUGUUUAAUUUCUGGAAAUCAGUAAAAGUAGAGCAUAAUAUAUAAAAGUAUGGAGGUAUUCAUGUAUAUGAGCUUUGGUACUAUGCAUGUAGGAAAUUUACAAACAACAAAAAUGUCUUGACAUAAACUUAUUCAUAUCUGUGUAUUGUUUCUUUUCAUAUUUUAUAUGAAUAUUCUGGUACAUAGUAAUAUUGCCAGAGAGCAUAAUCAUACACAUUUUAUUUUUGUUUCAGUGGGUUCAUAAACUCAGGCUUUUUCUUCCUGUCCUCCAUUUAUUGCCUAAUUUGCCACAUUGAGUUUUAUAUAUAUAUUUAUAGAUAGAUGUUCAUAUAUAGAAGCUGUUAAGUAUAUUGCCUUUUCUGUUCACAAUGGGCUUAUAAGUAGGGCAUUAUGAGUUUUGUGUAGAAGAAUGAGAGAUUUUAGUUUUCAAAAUUUGUCAGAUACAAAAUGUUGGCAGGUUAGGCAUUCACGUAGUUAAUUAAAUGGAAUCCAGUGAUUGCAUAUGAUUUUUACAUAGGGUGCUUUGCUGGAAAGAAAGAUGCAAUUAUCGUAUAAAUUUUCAGAGAAUUGUGUAUUUCUUCCAUUACUUUUGUGUCAGAAUGUGAGGAAUUUUCUUCUGCUUGUAUUGGUGGUCUGAAUCAUGAAUUGUUCAGAAUUGAGAAAAGCUUUGUGUCUACUUGUUAGACUAUUAUGGCCAGUUGGUAUAAAGCAACCUUUUCUUAAGCACAAGAUUUGUUGCCGACUACCAAAGAUGUAUUAUAGGUGUAGGUGACAAUUGAAAAAAAAUUACUCUUGAUAUACAGUGUUUUAUGAUUAUUUUGUUUAAUUACUGAUAUAUAAUUUUGUACUGUGGCUGGCAAUACACUAAUUCAAAUCUUAUUGGAUUUCAUAAAUUGUAUAUUAUUAAAUUUUUAUUUAGAGCAUUAAUAAAACAUAUUAUAAUUAUUUAGUUUUAGAGAUAAUUUUUGUUGCACACUCUAUUUAUUACUGGAAAAUAUUGUUGUCUAUUAUUAUAUGGUAAUAAAAGAAAGUGCAACAAUUUAAAAGUGCAAACUCAAAAUUUAUUUUGGAGUAUUUACAGAAUUCCCGUAACAUCGCAGUUUUGAAACAAUAGUAGUGCUUAUGUGACAAUAUUUCUGGUGCAAGAGGCCUGUUUGGUUAUUGUUUUUUUCCCUCCUGAGUGUAGUGUCAGCCUAUGGCAAAAUGCAUAAUACUUUGGUUGGUGUUGAAUUUGGCCUUUUUGCAGUAACAGUGGUGCAGAUGUAUUAAUCUGCAUUAUCAAUUUUGUAAAGAAACAGAUCUAUAUUGUUGCUGGUUUAAUUAAUGUUUCAACGCUUUGUAGUGAAUUGUCAUAUUUCAGAUUUGUUAUAUCAUGUCCUAUUAUCUUUUAUUCCCCUUUGAUUUUACUGUUGUGUUUGCUACUUCUUGUUAUGAGCUUUUCUCUUUCCUAUAUCAUGUGAUGCCCUUGCUACCUCAACCUCUGUACACAAAUGAAUCUGUCAUACAAUUGAAUGUAGACACAUGCUGGAAAAUUUUAUGACAAACAUCUACCUCACAGGGGAAAAAAACUAUUUUACGUUGCUACACAGAGACGAGUGGUAUUAACAUUUCUGAAAUGUUGGAAUUCCAGAACAUAAAUGAAUUUUAUUGAAGAUGAGUCCAUAAUGAACUUUUCACAGAGUGUUGGGGAUAUGCUUGGCUAUGAUUACUGCUCUGUAGAAAUUGAGGUUAUAUUGUGAUAGAGAUUAAUUUGUUAAUGUUUUUAAUUUUUAUUUCAUUUUAUUUUUAUUUUUUCAGUUGGAAUAAUUCUGUAAUAGUGAAAAUCAAAAUUCCACUGUAAUCUCUGUCAGCAACUAUUUUAGUUUUUUGUAUCCUAGAGCAAAUGAAAUGUUGGGGUAACAGUAGCAAUAUGUUAGUUGAACUAGGUGAUUGGGCAGUGACAUAGAAAACUGGAUGUGGGUGAGGCUUAAAGAUAUAUGCGGGUUCAAAGCAAUAUAGCUGCAUUUCCUUGUCUUUUCUUUCUUUUUAUAUUUCAUUGAGUAACAAGUUGAUCUGCAUUUAUCCUAUAAUCGGUGUUUACAGACAACCUGAAAUGGAUUUUAAAGCUAUCUUAUGCUACCCAUGACUCUAUCCAUGUCCUGUUGCUUUAAAGGAAUUCCUCACAUAACGUUUCUAUUUACAGAAAUCCACCAAUAAUCCUUGAAAUAUCUAUUUUACACUUUAAAUGUACUACAAUAAUUAUCCUCACAUGGUAGUCAUUAGUUUCUUUCCGAAGAAACUGUAUAAAAAAAAGGGUUUUUAAGAAAGAAAGCAAGCUUCAUUAUGUGAAAAUUAAUUUUGGCAUUACAACAAUGCCAAGGAUGUUUAUUUUUAAAUUUUCGAACUAUUAAAAAUCCAACACAUGCAGUCCAGUCCGAAUUAGCCUUGACCACAGGAGGCGCCUAGAACUACAGUGUUUCACUAUACAUAGGGGUGGUUGGAGGCUGACGUUAAGAUGCUGCACAUUGGCAACUUGAUUGUAUUUUGUAAUCAGUUAAAAAUAUGAAUUAUAUAUAUAUUGUAUACAAACAUGUGGUCCAUGCAAGCCUGCAUUCUCCUUUUUCUACCAUGAAAAAAUUAAAUUAUUCUAGUUAAAUUGUUUUUUUAUUUUUGUGUACAUUGCCCUGCUCCUUGUUCGAUGUGUUACAGGAUUUGUCAAGAUAAUUUAAAAUGUAUCUC